UGGGUAAGCGCAGCGGGCUGGGAAGCGUUUCCGGAAGGCUGGCCGCAUCCCGCAGCGGCUUCGGGCGCCUCCGGGGCGGGCGGCGGAGCUGCGCGGCGGGCAGCUUGCCUGAUUUCUGCAGUGACCUCAGAGGGUGCUGGUGCUCCAGAACUUGGUGCUCUUGAACAGGCUUUCCACAAGAACCUGGGAAGAUAAGAACUUGGAUCUGUGCUUUGGGAGCAGCUGCCAGAGUGGGAAUGUGCUGAGGGGCACUAUGGGCAGGCGCUACCCAGGGGCUCACUAUCGGCCAAGCAGCUCAUCUAGUGCUGUGACCUGUGCUUUGUGUCCUUCCUGCUUUUGGCGCCUGUGUCACCUGAUCAAAGAGCUUGGGAUUGGUCCAGUGCUGUUUUGGAAAGCUGGUCCUGGACUUGUGGGUUUCCUUAAGCCUGAUUUCAAAUUAUAAUCUAUUUCCUGAUGCAUUGCUGACGUCACGCGAGCCAUGUCAGAAGUACUUCCAGUCGAUUCCGGCGUGGAUGCCCUGGCGGUGUUCAUGGCGAGCGGCAGCACCACGGACGCCGUGAACCGCAACGGCCCCGCCACGCCGCCCAACACCCUGAACCUGCGCUCCUCCCACAACGAGCUCCUCAAUGCAGAGAUCAGGCACACGGAGAGCAAGAACAGCACCCCUCCCAAAUGCAGGAAAAAGUACGCUCUGACUAACAUUCAGACAGCCAUGGGGCUUUCUGACCCAGCAGUCCAGCCCCUGCUGGGGAACGGCUCUGCCAAUAUAAAGCUGGUGAAGAACGGAGAAAACCAGCUCAGGAAAGCUGCCGAGCAGGGACAGCAGGAUCCCAACAAAAACCUCAGUACCACUGCAGGCGUAAAUGUAACUUCUGAGAAGUUUGAAGGCAAUGAGCCGAUCCCACAGGAUUCCUCUGGCUGUGAAAUAUUACCCUCGCAGCCAAGAAGGACCAAGAGCUUCCUGAAUUACUAUGCAGAUCUAGAGACAUCAGCUCGAGAUCUAGAGCAGGGUUUUGUUGGCAUGGAAGAUAAGUCUGCACAAAGCAACAGCCAGGCUUCUACCGUUAUUGUCAAUGGGGAAGUCCUGCCCCGGAAACAGAACAAGAUGCCGAGUCCAGAGGAUGGCCAGGUUGCCACGGUGUCAUCAAGCCCAGAGACAAAGAAGGAUCACCCAAAAACUGGGGCCAAAACAGACUGUGCCCUCCACAGGAUUCAAAACCUGGCCCCGAGUGAUGAGGACUCCAGCUGGACUACCCUGUCCCAGGACAGCGCCUCGCCGAGCUCGCCCGAUGAAACAGCAGAUAUAUGGAGUGAUCAUUCAUUUCAGACAGACCCAGACUUACCACCUGGUUGGAAAAAAAUAAAUGACGUUGCUGGGAUCUACUACUGGCACAUACCAACAGGAACAACUCAGUGGCAGCGUCCCGUGUCCAUCCCAACGGAUCUCCAGGGCUCACGGAAAGGAUCGCUCGGUUCCAUUACUCCAUCUCCUACUCCAGAAACUGAGAAACAGCCAUGGAGUGAUUUUGCUGUACUGAAUGGGGGAAAGAUUAAUAGUGACAUUUGGAAGGACCUGCAUGCAGCCACUGUGAACCCAGACCCAAGUCUGAAGGAGUUUGAAGGAGCAACAUUACGCUAUGCCUCUUUGAAGCUCAGAAAUGGUCCACAAUCUGAUGAUGAUGAUUCUUGUAGCAUCAACAGUGAUCCGGAAGCCAAGUGCUUCGCUGUGCGAUCUCUGGGCUGGGUAGAAAUGGCAGAAGAAGAUCUGGCUCCUGGAAAGAGCAGUGUUGCUGUGAACAAUUGCAUCAGACAACUCUCUUACUGUAAAAAUGACAUCAGAGACACUGUUGGCAUUUGGGGAGAGGGCAAAGACAUGUACCUCAUCCUGGAGAAUGACAUGCUGAACCUGAUUGACCCCAUGGACCGCACGGUCCUGCACGCGCAGCCCAUCGUGAGCAUCCGAGUCUGGGGCGUGGGCCGUGACAACGGCCGAGACUUUGCUUACGUGGCAAGAGACAAGGACACCAGAAUUCUGAAAUGUCAUGUGUUUCGAUGUGACACACCUGCAAAAGCCAUUGCUACAAGUUUACACGAAAUCUGCUCAAAGAUUAUGGCUGAACGGAAAAAUGCUAAAGCUAUGGCUUGCAGCUCGUUGCAAGACAGGACAAAUGUCACCCUUGAUGUUCCUCUGCAAGUAGAUUUCCCAACACCAAAGACAGAACUGGUACAGAAGUUUCACGUCCAGUACCUGGGCAUGCUACCUGUAGCAAAACCUGUGGGAAUGGAUACUCUGAACAGUGCCAUUGAAAGUCUAAUGGCUUCCUCUAGCAAAGAUGACUGGUUGCCAGUUACCAUGAACGUUGCUGAUGCUACUGUCACAGUCAUCAAUGAAAGAAAUGAAGAGGAGGUGAUGGUGGAGUGCCGUGUGCGGUUCCUGUCCUUCAUGGGGGUGGGCAAGGACAUCCACACCUUCGCCUUCAUCAUGGACACGGGAAACCAGCACUUUGAGUGCCACGUGUUUUGGUGUGAACCUAAUGCAGGCAAUGUAUCAGAAGCUGUUCAGGCUGCUUGUAUGCUGCGGUAUCAGAAGUGCUUGGUAGCCAGACCUCCCUCACACAAAGUCCGGCCGCCGCCGCCGCCCGCAGACUCGGUGACCAGGAGAGUCACCACCAACGUGAAAAGAGGAGUCUUGUCCCUCAUUGACACUUUGAAACAGAAACGCCCGGUGCCCGAGAUGCCGUAGCUGCUUCCGAGAGAAGGCUCUCCCACCAAGAGACUGAAGAGAGCCUGGCCACACUGGGGCCAAUGAACAGACCACGUCUGCCCUUCCAUUGCAGCUGCUGAUGCUUCCUCUUCAGAGAGUUCGCCCCAUGGAAACAAUGUUACACACGCAUGUUCUCUCCUUCCUGCCACCAUCGCCUGAUAUGAAAAGAAGCAUGAAUAAUUUUUUUGCUGUCAGUGAGUUACAUCAUGGGCAAUGGAAGGUCUGUUUGAUUGUAAAUACAUGAACUUUACCUAAACUCACACAAAAAAGAGAAUAUGGCCACGUCCCUCCCAGUGAACUCGUGCUAAAAUCCUUGGAGUGAAUGAUGCCUCAGUCAAAAAUUUCACCUUCUUGAGCUGGAUUUGUCAUAAACCAAUCUUAAAUCCUUCAGCACUUUGCUCUGUUUUCAACACUGGAAUAGGUAUCAAGUAUUAGCUACCAUUGAAUUACUGUAGAUUAAAUACCAAGUUUUAUUUUUUACAGAACUGCACCUGUUAGUUUUAAAUUGUUUGUCAGCAUUGGUCUAGCAACUACUUUAACAUCUCCCUGACAUGUUUUUGAAUCGUAGUGUCAUGUCAUCUUCUGGUUACACAUUAUGGUCUUACAGAAGAAUUUUGUUUGAAACCAAACCAAUGAUGAAAAAUACAGAAGUGUUUUCAGUAAUUGAGUUGCAGGGUGAUCCAGUGAAGCUUUUAAGCUUUAAACAUACAAAUUCAAUUGCUGGCUGUUAAAUUUAUUCUCCUAAAUCUAUCAUUAAUUCAUCAAAAAUAAUUUGUUUCAUGGAGGGCUCAAACUAAUCAGGAAUAAGAAGAAGUAGUUAGUGAUUUUAUUCUCUUACAACUGUUAUAGAGACUAAACUAUUCCAUACCUUUUCUAUACAAGUGUUUGAUGAAAUGUUCAGUUCAGUGUCUGGUUGCAUAAUUCCCCCUUUCCCUUGGAGUUUGUUGCUGAAUACUUAGCAUGCCAGAAGAACAAUUACAUUUCUUGUUAUUUAAAAAACUUCCUGAAAUUUAUUUUACUUUCAAUGCUCUUGUAACAAAAUAAGAAGAGAGUUGUUUUUUAACAGGGUAGUGUUUCAGGUAGUACAAUUGGAUUUCACUGCUUUUGCUCCAAAGACUUCAUCUGAUUGAUUUGCUUUACACACCUGCAGACCCUCAAAAUCAGCCCAGCAUUGCCCUCAAAAUUGUACCUCAGGCUGAUUUUGAAAUGCAUCUUCAGUCUCUUUGUCAUCUUCUGUCUAAACCCGCAGAUUUGUACAGAUUUUGGAACAUUAUGUUUAACUAGUGUUAAAAAUGUUUUGCCUCCAUUUAUAGCUAGGUUCCAAACUGUAACAAGUCUGCAAAUCUUUGAUAAAGGAGCAUUGGCAAAGUUUUUGUUACAAUAGCUCUUUUAUUUUAAUAUGCAAGAGACUGUUAUAAACAGACUAUUUUCUUUUUUAUUUCCUUGUUUGAAGAAAUUAAUGACCACACCUGGCAAAGUAACUUAGAAACACAACAGGAAAAUAAUGAUGAUUCAAGAAAUUUCUGUGCUGAAAAAUGCAGGAAAAUCAUUACCAAACUCAGUGUGAUGUAUGAGCUAGUGUCAGGUGAAGGCUGGCUAUGCAACUAUUGUAAUUAAAUUUAGCUUUCUACAAUACCCCCUGAAGAGCUGAUCCUCUGAGGAUCUCAGAUCUCUUCAUGACCACGAUCCUGCACCUCGGGCACUGAAGCAGCGCUUUCCCCUCUCAAGGCUCACGCUCUUGCCACCUCCUUUGCACCCCCUCUAUUGCCUGCACAGCUGGAGAAGCUGCUUGUGCUGAGUGCACCGGGAGGGCUGGAGGGGAGGGCGUGCAAACAAACCCGCCUGUGGCUGAGCUGAGCACGGAGCCAGAGCACAAAGCAUGGGGAUGGCAGCUUGCAUAGAGCUUCUGUAGCUCCCAGUCCUGAUCCCAGCCACCCUGCUAGGAGCAGUGUAAAACUCACUUCUAGCACAGAAUCACAGAACUGUUUGGUUUGGAAGAGACCUCAAAGGUCAUCUCAUUCCAAACCCUAUCAGAGGGCACUUUUCACCAAAGCUGUCCAUCCCACCUGGUCUUGAAUAUUUCCAGGGAUGACUGCUCUCAAACUGUGGUGGCUAACAGGUACCCUUAGGUAGGAUUGUGAAGUUAAAAGUUUCCUUGUUCAUCCUUGUGCUAGUGAUUCACAUUUUAUUUUAUUUUAUUUUAAAUUAAAUACUUUGACAGUAUCUUUUUAAAGUUCCUGCUGACAAUGUCAUGAUUUGAGAUUGGCAACUGUUGUACAGCAGUGAGUUAAUUUUAAACAGUAUAAUGGAAUUUUUUCAUUGCAUCUGCACCAUGCUGAUUCUCCCCAAGAGAGAUCCAGACUCUCUUUAACUAAACCAACACUUGGCAAACAGCAGAGUAAAGGUUCUACAUCUGUGUUGUCAAGGCUAUAACAUCUGGUUAGCUUUCAUUAGCAAUGGAGGCAACUGCAGGCAGGGCUGAGAAGACAGAAGGGUAUUUGAAAAGCUGUGCAUCACUCGCCCGUGUAUGUUUUAAAGGUUUAUGUCUGUUAACAAAAUGCUGUUGAUUUUGCAAAUAUUUAAGUAGUGUGCUUGAUGAUUUGACUAUACGUGGCCUUUUUGCUUCAGUAGAGCUCCUAAUUCUCCAAAAGAUUUAAUACACACCCAGGUGUUUGCAGAAUCAGAGCCUAAUAUUGCAAAGCCUAUUAUCUUUUGUUUCACAAUAUAUUCAGACACUCUUUUUACCAUGGCCAAAAAAAGUAUGUAUGAGGUGUGUGUGUGCGUUUUUGAGCAACUGCAAUUGUUCUAGUUGAUGUUAUAGCAACCCUUCAGUUAUCUAUGCAUUUUUUAUAAUACCUAGUGAUUCUGUAGGCCGGCAGCCAUGUUCACUAUGCCUUGUAUGUCUGAUGCCAUAUUCUAACUUAACCUGUUAAAUACAGCUUAAAAUAUUUUUAUUUUAUUUAUUCUAUUUUUACUGAAAUAUCCUGCUUUAUUAUGUUGAUGUAUUGUCUUUACUGGAUGUGCUCUUGUAACAUUCUCCACUCUGUAUACUAUAGGUUGCCUAAAAAAAAGGCAGGCUUUGUAAUUAUUUAUAGUCACAUUUUUAUUGAAGUCUGUAGAUGAAUCAUGUAAAGCAAAGCUAAUGUCGUAAUUUUUUUCAAAGCAUGUAGUAAGUUAGAGGUAUCACGUGUCAGUCAGUCAUGUCAUUAACACACCCCCUUGCAGAAGCAAGGAGAUUUAUAUUCACAGUCAAUGACUAAUAGAUGAAAGCCUUUCUUUUGAAAUCUGUAGUGCUGGCUGUAGGUUUUAUUUAAGCCAUUUACAGGGGAGCAAGGAGGUGUGGGAGAUGCAAGGCUAUGGAGGCCACCUACAGGGUGGUUAACUGGGAAUGACAAAAAUAGCACAGGAAUAGCACAGAAUCCAUUCACAAUAAAACAAGGUUUAGUGAUA